CCCCCUCCCCCUCCUCCUCCUCCCUGGCUUUUUGUGCAGCGCAGGAGGAGCAGACGCGGGGAGGAGGACUGCUGAGGAGGAGACCUAGAGGGGACCUUGACAAAACGCGUCCCGCGCCGCAGCCAGACAGCCGGGUGGAACUUUGAUUUGACGCCAGCGACGAGGAUGCGGCUGAGGAGGAAGGUCCAGGCUCUGCGCUCUUAGUCGUGUCGGGCGUGUGCAACAUAUGAUGGUGUCCUUGGACUCACGUGUUCCGUCCAGACUCGGUCCUCGCUCGCUCCCUCUGCGCAGUUGAUGCCGUCGCCUGGUUGCGCCGCACUUCCACGCAUGUGAAGCUUUGGUUUCCAGCUCCGGUCUAUGUGGGAUUCCCUGCCGUGAUGUCUGCAAUUGUGGGCUCCUUGUGUGUGGUUCUAGUCAGCCUGCUGUCAGUCGAUGCCCAGACGGAGAUGAAGAAGGUCGUCGGGGACAACGCCACCCUGCCGUGUCACCACCAAUUGCCGUCGUCCAACUCUCUGGAUAUCGAGUGGCUGCUGCAGAAGCCCAACUCCAAGCAGAAAGUGAUCAUCACCUUUUUUGGCGGCCAUAUUUACUUCAACGAGGCAACGGGCAGCGAGGCCAGUCGCCUGUCCUUCGCUGGCGACUACCUGCGCGGCGACACCUCGCUGCUGAUCAGCGACUUGGCGGAGGAUGACUCCGGAGAGUACUACUGCAAAGUCAAGACUGGGGGGAAGUACCACUGGACCCAAGUCAAUCUCGUGGUCCUCGUCAAACCAUCCAAGCCAAUCUGCUGGAUGGAUGGCAAACCCUCGGAAGGCAGUGACGUCAAGCUCAACUGCAAGUCCAGCGACGGAUCCGAACCCAUCAACUACAAGUGGGAGCGGGUGCUGGAGAGAGGCAAGAGCCUGGGAAAACUGCCAAAUCUGGCCCUGAUAGAUCUGAAGAACCCUGAGAUUGUGACUCUAAGGAACCUGACCAUGGACAGCACAGGCGUCUACAGGUGCACCGCCAGCAAUGACGUCGGAGAGGAAAACUGCACCAUCGAGGUCCCAAUGGAACGUGAACGAAAAGUUGGUGAGAUCGUAGGUGGAGUGGUGGGUUUUACUGCCCCUGUCCUCGUCCUCACGUUGCUCACCUGGCUCGUCCGGCUCAUCUUCCGGAAAAAGGAGAAGAAGAAGUACGAAGAAGAGGAAACUCCCAAUGAAAUCAGGGAAGAUGCAGAGGCCCCCAAGGCAAAGCUGGUGAAACCCAACUCCCUCUCUUCCUCCCGCUCCGGUAGCUCGCGCUCCGGUGCGUCCUCCACCCAGUCCAUGGUGCACAACAGCAUCCAGCGCGGUCACCGCCCUCGCCCGCCUCCUGCUGUUGCUGCUCUGAAGGAAAAUGGGCAGCCGCCCGGUUUCCCCCAGUCGCCACCAGCCUACACCACAGUGGUCUCUUCCAAGACACCGGAGCCCCCGGUCACCCCCAAGUACGGCUCCAGGAACAUGUCUGGGCCCACACCACCUACCCUCAUGGUCCCUGCUCAGACCAAGGCCUUUCAGACUGUGUAGGACUGAAGGAGCAGCCCUCUCUGCAGCCAUUUGAGACCCUUCCUACAACCUUCUUGCCACCCAAAGACUAAGACUAUCGAAGAUGCAACCAGUUUAACGGACAUGAUUAAACGAAUCAAUACUAUAAGUCCAAGAGUACUUUUCAUGAAUGCAAACUUUAAAAAGGGAAAAUAAGAAACGCUUGCCCUCAACGGAUUAUCAUCGACAACAAAAAGACCAGACUGUCGUGUCCCGCAGCUAAAUUCUGAACUUGUUUUCCAAGUUCCCUCUUUUGGAUUUGAAGACACGGGGAACACCACGUGCAGCAGGAGGGACCCCUGCGAAGAGAAUUUAUUUAUUUAGCAAAUGGAGGGCUACAGCAUGCAAAUAUAGAGGAAGAAGCUAACCCUGAAAGAUGGAUGACAAAGUGAAGUCUGGUCCUCAGAGCGCAGCUGAGAACAAGGUGUGGAGACCUUCGGGAAGGAAACAAACGCGUGACAGUGCUGCUGGAGAGGAGGCCCGGUCGUAUUUUGAUUGAUGUCAAUCUGCAACUCCAUCCAGCUGCUUCUGGCACCUGCUCUGAGACCACGCGCCCCCACCCCCUCCCAGGUCCCAUGGGUUGCCCCAAUCGUGCCCACUCAUGUGGACAGGCGCGUGGAGCCUGCAUCAUCUGCAUCAGUGGUGAAGAAACCACAGCGAGACUGACUCAUCCGGCUCGAGCAGCUUGGCCAGUUAGCAGCGGAAAUCUUCAGGUACAAGGAUGUAGCACUGACAUUGGGGUCAAGACCGUGGCGCUGUCACAUGCCCCCGUCCACCUCCUGUCGAUGGACGCCAUUCAGCUCACUAGUAUUUACAGAUCGUACGUAUUAGGCCUGUAGAAAGCCAGUGCUUUACAUAUAGGGGAUAAGCAUCUGAUAGCUGGGCUUUUUCUUUGACCCCAUCCCUUUGUGUGUCUCUUCUAUCCAAGCAGGUUGAAAGGGUGACAGACAGCUGUGUCCAUUCAUCCACUUAAAGAAGUGCCGCCGAUGCCCUUGAGUGGGUUAUUUUGACUCUUUGCAUUUUGUUUAUCUGUUACUGAAACCAAAUUCUGUCACCAUGAAUGUGUGAUAUACCAAGAUGGUGGAUCCUGUUAUCUCAGCUUCCGAUACCGACUCAGCGUUAAGGCACAAAGAAUUCACAGCACUAUGUUUCAACCAAGGUAGCACUGAGUGUGUGUGCGUGCGCGUGUGUGUGCGUGGAGUCAUUGUCACAACUCUCCCUGGAUGCAGAACAAUGGGGGCGGUUUGCAAUCCCACUCAAAUAUUGGCCCUUCUUUUUCAGCCAAUCCCCCUUUUGUUCAGGCGGGCCGAGCGCCGUUGGAUUGAAAGUAGCUGAGAAUCGGGGCAGGAAGCCUAUAUAAGCGUGCCUUUGCAAUCCCUCUUUCUUUUGAAAGCUUUUCUUUCUUCGUCCUUCUCGUCAGCGUUCCAUCCAGCGCAUCCAGCUUUGACGGUCAGUGGCAGGAAAUACUUAGAAUAAGUGUGAGGGAGAAGCCGACGGAACGCGGUCCACGAUGAGAAAGCAAUCCCACGCCACGGGACAAUGUACUGUACAUUCUGUAAUCGAUCCUGUUUAAUAUUGUACAGAUAAAUAUAUGCACAUGAUGUCAUUCAAAUGAAUAAACAAGGGUAUUUAAGGGAGCGUCUCCUUCUUCAAAACGGAGACCAGCGUGACUUAAAGCCAUGUGUUUCUGUGUCCACUUCCCCAUCAAAGACGUCGGUGCUCUCAGAAGGGUCGUAACCUUUUGGCCCGUCUGGCAGAUCCAAGGUGAUCUUUUCCCACGGGAGUCAUGGAUUUUAUUGAUCGCGUGAGAACGAUUUCUGUUGAUCCGUGUGACCCUUUGACCAAGGCUUCCACCCGCACGCCAUGUUGCCCUUGGCCCGUAUCCUCGCAAGUCAGUUUGACACAGAGUCAAUGCAGAAUUUAUGUCUCAAAUGGUUUUAAUCAGUUACCUCCAUUUUUGUGUAUAAAUAUAGAUAAUGCCAUACAUUUCGAGGACAAACCAGGGUUUCUGACAAGACUUGUGCAGGGUAUGAGGGACUGGCGAUUAAGUUCGGCAUAUCAGAGACGGAAGCUGAGAGCUUGUGCGAGCAAAAUUCUAAAGUCGAAAUCCCUGUGCACUGAUUUCAGUAGCAGGAGUUCAGUCUUUGUCAAAGGUUUUUGAAUCCUCGGCUCCAUCGUGAAUUAUCCCACGACUUCACUUGAGUGAAUUCCUAACCCCAAAUUCUGGAGUCCCUUAAAUCGAACCAAACCACCAUUGGAAACGUGGUGUCGGUUAGUGAAGGGCCGAUGAGUUUCCUCCCCUUCAGUGCCCACUAGAUGGCACUCCAAUGGCCACCUCCUGAGCUCUUGAAAUAAGGACUCUGAUUCCUGAGCAGCAUGAAGAAACAGGAGCCCCCUCCCGUACUUAAACACAUGGAUUUAACCUCACCUGACUGGAGAGUAGCUGUGAAUGACUGCCUUGACAUUAUCGCCAGACAGUGGCUGAUGUUUGACGAGACACGAGUGUGCUUGUAUGCAUGUUAGUGAAUGUGUGUGGGUGCACGUAUAGUCAGUGGAAGCCCCUCAGGCUCCGCCCACAUGUCCUGCCGGUGGGAGUAAAUCCAGCAAGAAGAGAAGACCUGACUACUGUUUAGUUUUGCUUUGUCUGAUGUGAAGGUGGGUCAGAAGCAGCGCUGGCCCAUGGUGAUGCAGGGCUGCGGGGUCCAUCCCAGCCCAGUCCACAUGUGCGCAGACGCACCGCUGCCGGUUUGAAAUCACAAUUGUUUCGUUUUCAUAGAGGAAAAAGCAGUUCAGAAAGGAGCUCCGAAACACAGUCGACCGUGGUUCAUGUUGACACUUUAAAACAUGUUUUUAAUCCACGAUAUUGGGGUAUUUGUAGCCGCAGUGAUUUUUUAGACGGAUCAUCACUUGGAUCAGAGACGAAAUGUACACAUAGUUGUGUAUUUUGUGCUCUGAAUUCCUCCUCAGCCACAGUGAAGUCAUUUGUCUGAGGCAUUGAAUCAGUCUGAACGUUUGUUCCAUUGUGAGUCACUUGGAACCCAAAAUGCACAUAGAUUUUCUGUAUGGUUUUGAUCUCUCUGUUUUGUUUUGCUUUUUUUUUAUUAUAAAAUGAACGUUGCAGUAAUUUAAAAGCUAUUUUUUUUGUCUAACUGCUUGCAAUGUUUUGAGACGAAUUAGAAAAAAUGGAAUCAUCUGAGAUGUUUGAUGUCAAGAUAGUUUUGGUUUGUUUGUUUUAAUCAAGUUUCAGCUCAUGAUGGGCUGAUGAAGCUUCAUGAAACAGUGUCCCCAUUUCCUAAGCCCACGAGAUGGCGCUCUUUGCUCUAAAAUCUGUGUAUUUGAAACACCAUUCCAAUGAAACCUCAAUUGCAACUCAACUCUGAGCUCUAAAAAUAAGGACACUGUUUCACGAAGCCUCAUCAGCCCAUCAUGAGUUUCAGCAGCGUGGUCUCUGUUGUCUUCUUGAUGACAGUUUUUCUGUUUGAAGUGUCAAGCAACUCAACUUGACAUCCUCACCUGGCUGCUCUUUAGCGAGAGGAGAGAAGCACCUCUGACUGGGUUCUUGCUCCAUGUGGACUGGGCCUCAGUCUUGAAGACACACACACUCACAUGAUCCAGGUGAACACUGUAUAUAGACCAACUGGCACUGUCCAGUGCGUACGGAAAUACAGGUACAUGCGCUGUUGCACUGGCUCCCUCACACGCCCACGACUCACAGCCCAGGCAGCAGCUCUGCUUAUGUUUUGCUUCCUUCAGAAUCAAUUUGAUGGAUUGAAUGUCGAGCGGCAUUGCAAGUGACUGAUGGAGCCAGGAUACUAAAUGCGGCAAGGAAAAGGACAUUCUACACCCCAUCAGGCAGGGAAACAUGCCCCGCUACAUACAGCACGCUCCCACUCUCAGCCAGAGCGGCGCUGCUAUGCACUGAAACAAUGACACUCUUGACUUUCCCUCCACGCCGCCAUGGGAGUCAAGACGUGCACCACUGGCUGACGCUGAAAUUCCCACCAUCACAGAUGAAAGUAGCAGUGGAGGUGGAGGAUGGGAUGCAAGUCUUCCAGCUGCUCAAUUCCUCCCAAGCCUUUUUGAUUUGCUUUCCAGCAAGUGCAAGUCUCAGGUGGCCGAUCCCCCACUUUAUGAUCCCUCGCGUUUGCAUUCCCCUUCUCAUGUGUGUCGCUUUGUGUCCUGACAAAAGUUGCGCUCUCUCCAAUAAAUGGAUUUUUCCGCAGCUUUCGUCAGCCGGGCCAGAAAGGAAACGCUCUUCCUGCCUGCAGCACCUUCAGUAUGGUUUCUUAAAAACAAUGAGCAUUAUGAUAUAUAUCACCUCAUGAUGCGCACGGUGCCGCUGUCAUGGAGCCACUUAUAUCCUGUGUUAUGUGAUAGGAACAAAGGCGUCAUGUAGCCGCUAUAUUUUACGUCAACAAGUUCAUUUCUGGUUGAAGAAGAUCAGACUGUGUGGUCUGAGUGGAAUGUGAUGGAUGGGGCUGGCGUCCACCUCCAGAAGAAAAGCAACGGCACCUGCAUGUGGUGGGAGAUGGAGCUUUGCUUUGAUGUAACAUAACUGUAUUCAAGUUACGCAAGAUACAAAUGUAAAUAGAAUCACAGGCAGUUUGACCAAGCUUUAUUUUUAGUCUUUCAUUCAUGUACUUUGGCACUUUCUUGUGUGCUCGACUCAACACCAGCCUGUGUGGGAGCUCAGUGGCCGUCAGGGGGACGGACGGCAGCACGGCGCUCCUGAAGGGAAAUGUACCACCCUUUUCUUUUCCUUUUUUCUCAGUGGUUUUAGCAGCAUCGCUCAGUUCUCUUCUGUCUGGCUUCUCUUUGGUUUGGCUCAAACCAUGCCGAAUUAUCUUACUUUAUAUGUUUUGAGAACAAUCCAUGUAUAUAUCACAAGUAAAAAUGUAUAUUUUUAAGAUUUCUGAAUUAUUACUCUUUCAUUUGCAAUUAAAACA